UCCAGUGAAUGAUCAUUGCCUGGUAUUUCACUGUCACUCUGAGACACAUCCAGUUCUGCAGGUGACCUGGAAUGACAGGAUCAGUGAUGAAGAUCAGUUGGUCUGAGUGUCUCUGUUUGAUCCUCCUGCUUCUCCAACAGACCACUGUCUCCACGUUGGAGAGCUUUGAGGUUCUUGGUCCAGCUGAUCCUGUAGUUGCUGUAGCUGGUGAAGAUGUUGUUCUGCCCUGUUACCUCAAACCCAACAUCAGUGCUGUGGACCUGAGUGUCGAGUGGUUCAGGGUUCAGACCAAAGACCCACUUGUACAUCUUUACCAGGAUCAUGAGGACAGAAAUGAGAAUCAGAUCCCAUCUUACAGGAGAAGGACAUCACUGUUCCCUGAGGAACUGAGGAACGGAAACACUUCAUUAAAAGUUAAAAAUUUGCGAGGAUCUGACAAUGGAGAGUAUAAAUGUCUUGUCCAGUCGGGGAAAUUUUAUGACGAUUCUUCCAUUGAAGUUCAUAUUAAAGCUGUAGGAACCCAACCAGUGAUCUCCAUCGAGGGAUAUAAAGAAGGAGGGAUCAGUCUGGUGUGUGAAUCUAAAGGCUGGUACCCUCAGCCUCAAGUGGUCUGGAUGGACAGUGAAGGACACAGUCUCCCUGCUGGACACACAGAGACACACACAGACAGUAUGGACCUCUUCAUCUUGAGACGACGUGUUAUUGUACAGGAGACAGAGAUCAACAGGUUCACCUGUCGAGUUCUACAAGAGGACUUAAAUGAAAUAAAAGAGACAAUGACUGAAAUCCCUGGUGAGAUGUUUCAUCGUGCCCAUCCCUGGAAGGUGACCUUUGCUGUGAUCUUCAGUCUGUCUGCUGUUGCUCAGAUCAAAGAACAGUAUGAACAGAUCACCAGUGAACUGAAACUUCUGAAGGCACAAAGAUACGCAGUUGAUGUGACUCUGAACCCUGAUACAGCACAUCCUAAACUCAUCCUGUCUGAGGACAGGAAACAAGUGAGACGUGGAGACACAUGGCAGGAUCUCCCUGACAACCCAGAGAGGUUUAAAUGCUGGAAAAGUGUCCUGGGAAAAGAGAGGUUUUCUUCAGGGAAAUGUUACUGGGAGGUGAAGGUUGGGGACAAGACUGACUGGACUUUAGGAGUGACCAUAGAGUCUAUAGACAGGAGGGAGUAUUUUCCACUGAAUCCUAGUGGUGGUCUCUGGGCUCUCAAACUGGAUAGUGGGAAUAAAUACGAGGCUCUCGCUGACCCCCCUGUGUCCCUCCCCCUGAGUGUGAAGCCCCGGAAGGUGGGGGUGUUUGUGGACUAUGAGGAGGGUCAGGUGUCCUUUUACAGUGUGGAGGACAAGUCUCAUAUCUACACUUUCACUGGAUAUAAAUUCACUGAGAAGCUCUAUCCAUUCUUCUGGCCAGGCUUCCGGAACUCAGCCCCACUCAUCAUAUCUCCUGUGAGUCACACAGACUGAAGAAACUGAAUUUAGCUUUAAUGUUCAGGUCAUGGUGUUAUAUUCUGAUUUAAUUCCCAUUCGGGGUUUGGAAUAUCUCCAUCGAAACAUGCCUUUUGUUCUGUACAUUGCGUUGCUUUUAAAUAAAUAUUGUUUAACAGCAGCUAUGUUUUAAAGUUCCAACAUGUGGAAAUAAAAGAGAAUCACGUCAUGCAAAAUUCAUUAAUUUCCAAAUAUGAACAUUAACAAGCCUGUUCAAUAUAUUUGCAUGUUGUAUCCGAAUCGACGAUUCCUGAUCACCUUACUAUUGUAUUGUCUUCCUUGAUCCUUUCUCAGUAGUCUU